AUGGGGGAGGGGCAGAGGCUGGCCGAACUGUUAACGAGGUCACAGCUGCAGAACAAUGACCAGGCUGAGGAGACAUGUCCACGAUUGCAAGAGUCGGUGUGCGGAGUUGCAGAAGCUGCUGUUGUGUCUGCAACAGUUGUGCAUAGACUUCAUAAAUGCGAACAUGCAGGUCAACAUUCUGAGUGCGCAAUGCAUCGAUGUCUGAACGCUUGCACAAGAAAGCUGAGAGAGCAGAAGAAAGGUUUGCAGCAAGUGACAUACACUCUGAAAGGACAGAGUGUGAACAUGCCCUUACCAGCACAGCUACAACCAGUGGACUUUUGGGCUAGGUACCAACCACCACCACCACCAGAACCAGGGCAGAAGCGACUUCCAGAAGAUAUUGAAGCUGAGCUCAGAAAGCAAGAGCAAGAGUUGAAUGAACUUGCUCUCAUAAGUAUAGAGCUACCUGAUAAUGUUCUUUGGUUUGAACCACCAACUGUGGUCAGGUGGGAUGGUGAGAAAGGUUUCUGGUCAACUGAAGACUGUCAUGACACGAAGUUUAAUGAAGAUAAGCAGGUUAUAACAUUUAGGCUUGGGAGGUUUGGUCCAAUAGGCCUUGCUGCUUAUCGUUAUUUUAACCUCCCAUACCAGUCUUGGGAAAUGAAACCUGACCUCAAGAAUGGGGGAAUAAUAUUGAGCAUAACAGCUACAGUUGUCAUUGUGGAGUUUCAUAUAAAGGGGGACAAGGUGUGCUUAAAUGCCCUGCAGAAUGGUGCAACUAAUGCUCUGCAAGAUAUUGUUGGGACAUACUUCAAACCAUAUUUUCUAAUUAAGCGGAUGAAAAGAGGGGGAGUUGACAUCUUCCCACCAGUUGAUGCCUUUUGUUAUGUGGAAGGUUCUGCACCCAAACACUGUGUGGCAGAGGACCACCUGUAUCACUGCAUGGCACAUGCUUCUAGUGUUUACAACUUUGCCUGGAGUCGCUGGAAUCUGUUAGCUGGGAGACGUAAUAUGAUAUUACAGAUGCGAGAGUAUCUUGACCGUAGGAGACUCGCAAACCACAGUACUCUGCAUGCAACACCUUUGAAAGCCACCCUUGUUGACUGCACCGAGUUCAGCCAGUCAUUUGUAUCAGAAGUAGUUCCUGGCCUAAAGUUUUAUGCAGAUCUUUAUCACUUGCUGCAACAUCAGGCGUCACCACAGGCCAAAAAAAUAAUGAAGGAUGUUUCCUAUUCUCAAGUGCACACGGUGCAUGAAAUGCUGCAAAAAACAAGAGUGCUCAGCUAUUCAUGA